GAAGCGGAAGCGGCGGGUCUCCAUGGCGGUGGCGGCGGCAGCGGCGGCGGGACCCGUGUUCUGGAGACGACUGCUGGGCCUCCUGCCUGGCCGUCCAGGGCUGGCCGCGCUCCUGGGACGCCUGUCCGACCGCCUCGGCAGGAACCGGGACCGCCAGCGCAGGAGGUCACCAUGGCUGUUAUUGGCUCCCUUGCUGUCCCCAGCUGUUCCCCAGGUCACCUCCCCACCUUGCUGCCUGUGUCCAGAAGGCGUGCACCGGUUCCAGUGGAUCAGAAACCUGGUUCCAGAAUUUGGAGUCUCCAGUUCUCAUGUCAGGGUGCUUUCUUCCCCGGCAGAGUUUUUUGAGCUCAUGAAGGCAAGUUGCCUGUCUUCCCGUGUUGACGAUGCAGGAUGGGCUGUGAUGUUCCUUCUGAUAGGGAAGCAGGGGCAGAUAAGAGUAGCCAAGAGGCGGGUCGUGAUGGCAUCCCUCUACCUGGGGACAGGUCCUUUGGAACAGGAGCUGGUGGACUGCCUGGAAAGUACUCUAGAAAAGUCACUCCAAGCAAAGUUUCCUUCAAAUCUCAAGGUCUCCAUUCUCUUAGACUUCACGCGGGGCUCACGAGGCCGGAAGAACUCCCGCACAAUGCUGCUCCCGCUCCUGCAGAGGUUCCCAGAGCAGGUCCGAGUCUCCCUCUUUCACACGCCGCACCUCCGUGGGCUGCUCCGGCUCCUCAUCCCUGAGCGCUUUAACGAGACCAUCGGCCUCCAGCACAUUAAGGUGUACCUCUUCGACAACAGUGUCAUCUUGAGCGGUGCAAACCUGAGUGACUCCUACUUCACCAACCGCCAGGACCGCUACGUGUUCCUGCAGGACUGUGCGGAGAUUGCCGACUUCUUCACGGAGCUGGUGGACGCGGUGGGGGAUGUGUCCCUGCAGCUGCAGGGGGACGACACAGUGCAGGUGGUGGAUGGGAUGGUGCAUCCUUACAAAGGUGACCGGACCGAGUACUGCAAGGCAGCCAAUAAGAGGGUCAUGGAUGUGAUCAAUUCAGCCAGGACCCGCCAGCAGAUGCUGCAUGCCCAGACCUUCCACAGCAACUCUCUUUUGACCCAGGAAGAUGCAGCAGCUGCUGGGGAUCGCAGACCAGCCCCUGACACCUGGAUUUAUCCGCUGAUUCAGAUGAAGCCCUUCGAAAUUCAAAUCGAUGAGAUUGUCACUGAGACCCUGUUGACUGAGGCGGAGCGUGGGGCAAAGGUCUACCUCACCACUGGCUACUUCAACCUGACCCAGGCCUACAUGGACCUGGUCUUGGGCACUCGGGCUGAGUACCAGAUCCUGCUGGCCUCACCAGAGGUGAAUGGCUUCUUUGGGGCCAAGGGGGUGGCCGGCGCCAUCCCAGCGGCCUAUGUGCACAUCGAGCGACAGUUCUACAGUGAGGUGUGCAGCCUGGGACAGCAGGAGCGGGUCCAGCUUCAGGAGUACUGGCGGAGGGGCUGGACGUUCCAUGCCAAAGGCCUCUGGCUGUACCUGGCAGGGAGCAGCCUGCCCUGUCUCACGCUGAUUGGCUCUCCUAAUUUUGGGUACAGGUCAGUUCACCGGGACCUGGAGGCCCAGAUUGCGAUCGUGACGGAGAACGAGGCCCUGCAGCAGCAGCUUCACCAGGAGCAAGAGCAGCUCUACCUGAGGUCAGGUGUGGUGUCCUCUGCCACCUUCGAACAGCCGAGUCGCCAGGUGAAGCUGUGGGUGAAGAUGGUGACUCCACUGAUCAAGAACUUCUUCUGAGGACAGACAGGUGCUGUCUCUAGCAUCACCUCUCAGCACGGUUUUCCCGAGAGUUCACAGGUGGGGCAGGUGGUCGUUCUGACUCAACCAGAGCUCCCAGAGGGCUCUUUGAGCCCUUUCUCAGUUAAACACAGAGCAGCAUCUUUAGGGGCAUGGCAGCUGUCCUCAAAGUUAGAAGCUGGAUGCUAAAUUAGGCAGUCUGUUCACUUUCCAUCUGGUACCCACUCCACUAAGUCCCAAGGUGCCUGUGCUGGGGUCGGCAGUGGCAACCUGUAGUCCCCUUUUGCUCUCCCUUCCCGGGGGGUCCUGAAGAAGCCCUGGGUCAAGGGCUCAGGGAUGAGGGGGCAGAAAGGCAGAUUGAGCCCCUCCAAGCUGAGUACACUGGUGCAGGAGAUGUAGACGUGGGAGGAGGGGAGCACGGUUGCUCGUGAGAGCAGCUCUGGCUUGCUGCCCUGGCCAGCUGUAGCGCACAGGGUGGGGCGUCAGUGGAGCCAGACCGUGGGCUGCUGCCUGGACGCCUCGCUGACAUCCCUGUGCUGCGGUUAGAGAUGCGCCCUUCUAGACUCUGGAAGUUGAGUAACAGGACCCGCUCUGCCCACCCAGGAGGGGCCUGCCGCUUCACCAGAGGCACCAGUGGGGUCCCACAGUCACCUGAGGUACCCCUGGACUGUCUUGACGCCUAGAGGUCCGGGCAGGUGGUGGCUGCCAUUAAAGGUGGGGUCUUUGCUGAGUGACCUUUUGUGUCCUGGAUCCUUCAGGGCCUGGACUGCACUCCGGGUGGGAUCAGGCUCCCGAGGCCCCUGCUCUCUGGGUCUGGAUGUUGUGGGUAGUUCUGUUGCUUUGGAUGGUUGGGCCUUUGGAUGGUGGCUUGUGGGGAAGGGACGGUGAAGAGUCAAAGAUGAGCCAGGAUCCAUGUGGCCGGCACAUGCACUAGUGCCGGCACCUCACGUGUGCAGUGUGGGCUCCCUUAGUGCCUGACACCUUAGUUCUCUGCUAAAUCUCAUUUUUUAAAAAAAUGUAGUUUAUCUUGCAGCUUUUCCUAGUUAUUUUAAUUACUUUUAUUUAAAUAAUAUGUGCAAAUAUAGAGCGUAAAACAAUACUGCGGCCAUUUCCUGCCCUCCCUUCCCCCAGGCAGCCACUCUUGGCUUGUUUCUUCUGAUGUGCACACGCGUCCGUAUUUCUAAAUAACGUGCAUGUCUUGCUAUCUUCCCCCAAAAUGUGUACUUAACCAAAACAGCACCAGUGUCACUCCUGAAACAAAAACUGCCAAGAAUGUCUUAGUGUCAUCAAAUACCUAAAUGGUGUUCACAAUUCCAGUUGCCUUAAAAUCUUUUCGAUUAUUUGACUUGAAGUCCAAUUAAGGACUACACCUUGUGAUUGUUUUUUCCCUAGCAAUUUAUUUUUUGAAGAAUGAACUUUAUUUUUAUUGGAUCUACUUAAAACAUUUUUGUGUCACCUAGUAGCAGGGGAUUUUGAAUACACGUCAUGUGUGUUUAUAAAGCCAGCUCUCCACAUCCCCCAGUGUCUCCAGGAGCCGCUUUUGUGACCUCACUGCCUGAUCUCUUUAUUGUCAGGUGCUUGACCCUUGCACAGAGAGAAGCUUCCUGGGCUACAGGGCAUGGCAGCCUGCCCUUUCGGGGAGUGAGAUUAGAUUUAGUCCCUGCACUUUGCCUCUCUAGAAGCAGCUUCUCAACUUUCCCUCCUGAGGGCUGGCAGCAGUCACUGUCACCCUUCAUGGGGUCUGAAAGGUUGCAUGGGCUCACCUGGUCUUAGACAAGGACAGCUGCAGCUUCCACACCAGGCAGACCUGCAGUUUGAGUGGCUGGGGAUAGGUGGAGCGGCGGCCUGGCCACAGUGCCCUGGACAGCAGCACAUCAGUUAACACUGUUUGCCUUCCAACUAGUUAUUAUGGUGUCCUGUGGGACAAUUAGACUGGAGGAGCCAAAGGAAUGUGCAGGGGCACUGGGUUUCUGUUUGGAGAGAGGCUCUCGGUAAACAGAGUUCGCAUUCCUCCAGAUUCUGUGGGACCAGAGUAAACAUCAUUGUGCCACAGCCAGGCUUAAGCAAUCUGCGGUGCCAUUCCCACAGCGCACACUGCUCCCUCUGUCUCUGCUAAUGACCUUCGAGGCUGUCCUAGGCAGGUUUUCCCUGAGGAGCUCCCCACACCAAGCCUCCCUAACUCUGCAAAGCAGCCGGAGCAACAGAGAGCAGCCGGUGGCGGCCGCCGCAGUCCUCCUGGCAUUCUAGGUGCACGGGGCUGUCCCUGUGUUCCAGUCCCUGUGUUCCCCGUCGCUGGAGUGCAGCUUAAGUGCGAAUCAUUUCUUGGAAAGUUUAGAGAUAAUUUUGUCAACUACCCACAAUACGUAUGUGUGGAAUAGGUUACUUUCUUAUUUCAGGAUCUAAAGGCAAAAUGGAAAAAACUUGACAUUUUGUGGUUAUUACCAGGGACUGAAGUGAGUUGCCUGGUGGCCCGUGGCGGCUUUAUCUCCCCUGGUCACAUGAAGGGCUGCAGUGACCCCUCCUGGCCAGCAGAGGUAUUGGCCCAGCCAGGCUGGGGGAGACUGAAACUGCUUCCUUCUCUGCAGCCGCAAAGGGCUGGAUUCCUUGGGCGCCAGGAGGGGAGGAUUUUUCUUCUCCCUCCGAUAGCCCUACUGGGCCCUAAGAUUGUUGUGAAUCAUUACCCUCAGAAUUUGGACUUUAUAGCUGCUUCUUAACCCAUGAUUUAGGUGAGUAAACUUGGAAAAAUGUUUUUGCAAAACUUGAUGAUCAAGCUGAACUUAGAACGAUAUUCCUAGUGGGUGUGUUUGCCUUUUUUCCCCCUUUUGAGACAGACAGGGUCUCACUCUGUCACCCAGGCUGAAGUGCAGUGGCAUGAUCAUGCCUCGCUGCGUACUUGACCUCAUGGGCUCAAGCGACCCUCCUGCUUCAGCCUCCUGAGUAGCUGGGACCACAGGCACAUACAACAUUCUCAGCUAAUUUUUUUUGUAUUUUUGAUAAGAGAUGGUUUUGCCAUGUUGCCCAGGCUGGUCUUAAACUCCUGGGCUCAAGUAAUCCGGCCGUCCUGGGAUUAGAGGCGUGAGCCGCUGCACCGGCCUGCUUUUCUUUGAAGCCUAAGAAACUCUGAGGGCCGGGCACAGUGGUUCACACCUGUAAUCCCAGCACUUUGGGAGCCCGGGGUCGGUGAAUCACCUGAGGUUAGGAGUUUGAGACCAGCCUGGCCAACAUGGUGAAACCCCAUCUCUACUAAAAAUAAAAAAAUUAGCUGGGUGUGGUGGCGGGUGCCUAUAAUCCCAACUACUUGGGAGGUUGAGGCAGGAGAAUCGCUUGAGCCCAGGAGGUGGAGGUUGCAACGUGAGCCGAGAUUGCGUCAUUGCACUCCAGCCUGGGCGACGAGUGAAACUCUGUCUCAAAAAAAAAAAAUAAAUGUUGACCCUGUCUUGGUCCCCCUGGGAUCCGUCUUUUCUGAUGUUUGCCGCUGUCUCCCCUCAUCCCCCAGGUUGCUAGUUAAUUCUCUCCCCUUGUGCCUGCACCCUGCUGCCCUAGCUAGCCUGGCCACCUCACUGCCGUGUCCUGCGUCAGCACAGCCACAGAGUCCUACAGGUCCGGGGCUUGCUUGUGGGAAUGGCUUGUUCUUCUAGACUCUGGGGGCGGGGGCUUGGGUGUGUUUCCUUACUUGUAAAAGGUCCUGUUGUUUUUGGGAGCGGGGAGUAAUGGCAGAUGAGACGCUGUGUGGAGGCGGCAGCUCCUGGUAUGGGGUAACGCCCUGUCCCCUCAUUGGCAGGUGGUUUGCACGUAGCAUCAGGCCAGAGGGUUUGAGUGCCAAGCCCUCACCCCACAUGCUGCUCGUGUUAAAAGCAAACCCCACUGACCCCCCCCCCAGGAAGUCAGGAUUUGGGGUUUGCUUCCUGGAAUGCUUGCCUCUGGCUGCUGGGAAUUGGGGACUUUCCCCAAAGCCUGAGCCGGGCCUCACAGUGGCCAUCAGGCACAGAAUGGAGUCGGAUGGGCACAGCUGAGUGGCUCCACUGGCUUUAAUCUGCCCCGCCUCUUCCACACCAACCUCCACCCUCUGGUUAGUUCAGAUGUGCUUGGUUACAAAGCACCUUGAUUAUUUAAGAGAACAAAAAACCACCACCAGUUCCUGUAAAGAAUAAGUCACAGGUGCACAGGUGAAGGGCUGAGUUGUGGUCCAGCCCCAGGGAGUGUGGGCUGUGAGGCAGGAGCGAGCUAAACCUGUAGGAGCAGCGCCACAGCUGCCAGGAUCCACUUCGCUGCCUUCUCUUUGGUCUUCAAGUUAAAGGUCCAGACAUAGGUGGGGCCGCGGAUGCGUGUUUUGUAUACGGGACACUCAUAGAUGUUCUUGGUCUCCAUGCGGUCCACAGGAAUGGCCUUGAUGAAGAUGACAGGCAUGGCCGGGGUCAGCUCCUUCAGCCGCGCUUCGGCGAUGACUCCAGUCUGGGUGUCCCAGCGAGCCCCUGCAGGGACAGUAUGGCUGAGGGUCAGGUGUGCUGCCAGUAAGUGAGGGAGGGGCUGGCAGGAACGGUAGGGUCCUCACACUCCCCGCCCUUUGCAGAGAUGGGCUCCACCCCAAAAGGCUUCAGGCCAGGUGCCACAGCUGGAAGCAGAGGCCUUCGUAGGUGAUGGCCUGCAUGUUGUAACUACCCCGUCUCGCUGGGCACAAGGAACAGGUCAGCUAAAGCCGUUGGGUUCCAUCCGUUUAAAUCUGUGGCAUUUUCAGAGCCUCAUCUGUCAGCCUUAAUGUCACUGGCAGGAAGUCAUAACUCCAGCUAAAAAUUAGAGUAAAGUUCCCUGAUUCUUCAUGUGUAAUGUCUGCCCUAUGUGUACAUAUACAAUAUAAUUAUAUAUCUAUGCAUAUAAAUAUUAUUUGCCUUUAA